CCUGACCUCAAGUGAUCCGUCCGCCUUGGCCUCCCCAAGUUCGGGGGUUACAGGCGUGCGCCCCCGCGCCUGGCCCUGGACGCCUUGGAGGUCUCUCCUCACCCAGGAGGAGCAGCGACAGGCCCCACCCACGCCAACCGCUUUGGCCUCCGUUGCCCGUUUCCAUGGUGACGGGCGCCAGGCUGGGGCUGCCCGGCCACCGAGCCGGGGUGCAGCGGCUGCGGGAGGGUUCCUGGCGAUGGCGAGAUGAGCGUCGCGGGGGUGGUGGCUGGGACGCGCCCCCCCAGCUCGCCGACCCCGGGCUCCCGGCGCCGGCGCCAGCGCCCCUCCGUGGGCGUCCAGUCCCUGAGGCCGCAGAGCCCGCAGCUCAGGCCGAACGACCCGCAGAAACGGAACCUGGACCUGGAAAAGAGCCUGCAGUUCCUGCAGCAGGAGCACUCGGAGAUGCUGGCCAAGCUCCACGAGGAGAUCGAGCACCUGAAGCGGGAGAACAAGGAUCUCCAUUACAAGCUCAUAAUGAAUCAGACAUCACAGAAGAAAGACAGCCUCUCCACGUCAAGCUUCCAGUCUGUCAAGUCCAUCUCUAACUCAGGCAAGGCCAGGCCCCAGCCCGGCUCCUUCAACAAGCAAGAUUUGAAAGCUGACGCCCCCCAGAAGGCAGACCUGGAAGAGGAGCCCCUACUUCACAACAGCAAGCUAGACAAGGUUCCUGGGGUGCAAGGCCAGGCCAGAAAGGAGAAAGCAGAGGCCUCUAACGCAGGAGCGGCCUGUAUGGGGAGCAGCCAGCACCAGGGCAGGCAGAUGAUGGGGGCGGGGGCACACCCCCCAAUGACCCUGCCCCUUCACCUGCGAAAACCCACUACACUGAAGCAGUGCGAAGUGCUCAUCCGCGAGCUGUGGAACACCAACCUCCUGCAGACCCAGGAGCUGCAGCACCUCAGGUCCCUCCUGGAAGGGAGCCAGAGGCCCCAGGCGGCCCCAGAGGAGGCUGGGUGUAGCUUUCCCAGCUCACUGCUGACUCUUCCUUCACGGCGGGACCAGGAAGUCAUGCAUUUUCCUAAGGUCUCCACGAAGGGCCUCUCGAAGAAAUGCCUGCUUCUGAGCCCACCUGUGGCGCAGCGUGCCAUCCUGCCUGCCCUGAAGCAGACCCCGAAGAACAACUUUGCCGAGAGGCAGAAGAGGCUGCAAGCAAUGCAGAAACGGCGCCUGCACUGCUCAGUGCUUUGAGCCACCCACAUCUGGUCAGUGGCAGGCCCACCAACCUGCCGCUGGAGACUGGUUCUCUAUAGCAUUUCCUGAUACUUCCACUACUUUUAGGCCUGGCUAAAUUCCAAGAUAGAUGACACUUAAAAUAGAUAAAGUACUUGAUCUCUAAACUAACAAACCGUUUAUUUUCUGUUAUUUUGCUAUUUAGCAUUUACAUAAAAAGCACAUGAUGAAGUAGGUAUCGCUUUACCUGUUGAAACUGAAAAUAAAGCUCGUUUAUUUCCAA